AUGGCAACCGCUGCCUUAGAAACACAACUGACCACAGAGAAUAAGCGCGUUGAGGAGAUGUUGACCACGCUUACCAACGGAUUACCUAGCCGAAUUACCUCGUUCAUGACCGCUUUCCUGAGCAAACGCGACAACGCCUUUCCCCAGGUCAGCGUUGUAAUCUUCGAUGUCGUUCCUGUUAACCUCGGCAACGCGUACAACGCAACCUCAGGAAUCUUCACAACUCCUGUUAACGGAACUUACUUAUUUUCCAUGACGAUCGGAAACCCGACGGGCAAACCAGGCACGAUACGAAUGGAGAAGAACCAAGAAUCCAUAGCUUACGCAUUUGCAGGUCACACGAGAGGCUGGGAUCAUGGUAGCCAGACAAUCGUAGUGCGCAUGUCCGUUGGUGACGUCAUGUCUGUGGAGGGGGAAGUUCACGUGUCUUGA